AUGCAGACUCGUCUUCUCGCGCGUGAGACUGGCGAUCUCCAGCCCCAGGAGUUUGCCCGCAGCCUCGCCAGCGACCUCAUCCGCACCUUUGCGCCCGCACCCCAGCACCGCUUCAAUGGCGAGAUUCUAGCCUCGCAAGGGUCGACAAGCAGCGGCCCCUCCUCCGUUGUCGAAGAGAGGGCGCACAAUAUCCGCGCGCAUGGCGCCGGUGUCAGCGCUCUUGAUGUCGACAAGUUUGACGGGCGCCUCAUGAUCUCAGGUGGUGCUGACGGAUCCAUCAAGAUCUGGGACUUGGAGAGCGCGCCGAGCCCUCACAGGCUGCACACGUUCAAGCCGGCACUUUCGAUUGCGCGCUCGACACAAGAAGCGCGUAGCAGCACCAACAGGGGCCACAGCCACGGCGUCACGCAUCUGGCAUUCUACCCCUUCGACUCGGGUGCGUUCCUCUCCAGCUCGUACGACAAGACGCUGAAGCUGUGGUCAACACCGCGCGCAGCCUUGUCCGCCGAAUUUCCCUUGAAUGCUACGAUUUACUCGCAUGCGACGAGUCCCAUAGCAGAUCAUCUGCUCGUAGCGUGUGCUACGCAGCACUCCAAUGUGCGGCUGGUCGACCUCAAAUCCGGCGCCGCGGUGCAGGCGCUUGUUGCACACGGAGGGCCUGUCCUCAGCACGGUCUGGAGCCCGCAGCAUGAGCACAUCCUCGCUAGCGGGCAUGCGGAUGGAAAAGUGCGUGUGUGGGACAUUCGCCGCGCAGGCGGCGUUGUCGCUCAACUCGACCAAGAGGAUUCGCUCGGCGUUGUGCAUCGCUUCACUCUGGCGGCGGCGAAUGGUGCAGACUGGAGCCGUCAACCGCAUUUCCGCGCGUCAUCUCAAGCUCACGAUGAAGCGGUCAACGGAAUCAAAUGGACAGACGAUGGCAGAUACAUUGUCACAUCAGGCUUGGACCGCAAGAUUCGGGUUUGGGAUGCCGACACGGGCGCAAAUACUCUCGCCAGCUUUGGAUCACUCAUACAGAAUCAGCACCCCAAAACAGCAAAUAUGCUCCUGUCGCCAUCAGGUCUCUGCAGCACUGGUGAUGUCCUCGUUUGGGCCAACGACCAGGAGAUGCUGGUGCUCAACAUGCACGACGGUAACGUCAUAACGCGACUUCGUACCCCCGGCGUCACGAACCCUGUUGGUCCGCGCAGCGCCGAGAUUGGCAGAAACCGAAUCACCACCAUGGCGUGGCGGGGCGCUGGUGGAAGCGGCUGUCGCGCACUUGGGCCCGUCAUGGGUGGCGCCCAAUCGCUAGGUACAAUCUACAGUGCUCACUUGGACGGGCAUAUACGUGUCUGGAUGAUGACGAUUCCAGGACCUGACGAUGUUGACGAUUUUGAAGAGGUGGACAAAAAUGAAGAGGUCCGCGCACGUAAGCGGAAGGCCGUGGACGAUGCAUACAAGAGCCUCAUGGGAAAGAAUAUUACAUUCACAUGA